AUGGUUCGCCUCCCCGACGAUCUCCGAUGGGAGCCCACUCCCGAGCUGGCAAGCGAGCUUCUCGAUUUCUUCGAGACUCACUUUGAGACUCACUUUGAACACAACAGGCAUGAGGUCAAGGAUCUCACGAGCGUAGUUGGAGCCGGGAUCUCCGAUCACAUGCCUAAGAUCUCGCAAGUCUUCAGCAGCAGCAGGGUCGUUUACGUCUUCAAGCUCCCAACUCGACCAGUCCUAGUGACUUUCCAUACGAAGAGAUUGUUCAACGAGGAAAAUCCGUAUCGAGUUGCGCUGGCAUUGUGGACCAUCGACCACGACUCGACGCAGCCUCCGGUGCUCUCGCUGCGCGCCGUCCUCGGGAUUAAGGAGACUGUUUACGUCAAGCUGCGCAAAAAUCCGGGCAAGGCCGUGUACAAGUUCGGCCCGCUGACCACCGACAGGUCUCCAGAGAAGGUCUUUCCAACGCCCCCCGUGAAGGACGACGAAGUCUUCUUCAAAUAUCUCGAAGAGUUCUUCAGCGAGCCGCGCGAGCGUCUGGAUCAGAUACCUCAGCAUCGGUCACUACCUCAACAGCUGGUCGAGCCGUCGGUUCAACAUACACACACGUUCUCUCGUAGUGGUGCGACUCAGUUUGGCCAUGCCAACAGCCUUGGACCGGAAGCACAGUCUUCCGCAGCAAGGAUAUCAUCGACGACUCUCACCGACUAUGCCUCGACAUCGACUGGAUCGCACGGUAUGGACUUUUCGGUGCCUUCAAAUGCCGGUGCCGCGUCAUCGUCAUCAGGACAUCGGCAAUGGACUCAGUUUGCGUCUUACACUGCCGAUGCCGUGCACAUCCCUGCUGGUCCGCCUCAUGAUUCCUCGCCUGGCUAUUUCACCGCCCUGCUGCACUCACCUGGCGAUUCGGCUACACCUCCUCCCGUUCAGCCCUCCAGAGAGGCCGCGUCCGCUGAUUAUCAUUUCGAUCCGCAGACGACACCGUCCUUGAUCAAACGCCCACCUGCUCUCAUCCAGGUCCUGCCGACCUUCCACGUAUCGCCUGCACGGGAAGAGCAUCUUGCCGCAAACGCACUCACAGCUGACGGAACACAUCAAGAUGCGCCGCACGACCCACUGGCGUCGCUGUUCUCAUUCGAUCUCGGUCCCGCCGUCUACAAAGUGGUGUUUCAGCCGGACCCCUAUGUCGACAAGUUCAUCGGUCGUCUCCGGAAGCGAGUCCACUACGAAUGGGGGACCACGUCGGAGAUCGACGAGCUUCAAACCGUCAUCUUUGGACCCGAGACUCGAGGGAAUGCGGACGGGUUAGCGACCGCCACGUUCUGGAAUAGGGCAAGCGCCAAGGAGCUUUUCCUUCCCGUGGUAGGCGGAUCGAGGCGUUUGUUCGUCACGUUCGCCGCUCAGCCCCACUUCCUCCCGCCAACGCUCGGCAAGGGUGUGAUAUCCGUCUGGCACAUCUCGCCACCGCAAGAGGGGUCGAUCUCGUCGCUCUUCCUGCACGGAUUCUACCCGUUUACAGCGGACGAGUACCGUGGACUGACACAGCAACCUGAGAUCGGGGCGGACUUCUGGAUCACCGUCCGCUACGGUCGAUCCGAGCCUCCUGCCCUGAAGCUCGAAGUGAGGCGAAUGACGUCGGAGGAGGUACCACGCGUGAGCAGUCCCUCUCGCAACAUCCGAUUCCACGAGUCGAACGUGCCGUUGGGCGGAGAGUCGAUGCUACUACAUCCCGUGUCGGGACUGUACGUCUAUGUCUGGCGCGAAGACGCAUCGAUCCCGACGCUGUUAAACGAAUGGGGCGCCCGAGCUGACCUGCCCUGGGACGCAUUCCAACGUAUCCCACUCACCGACGACGACAAGCACCAGCUCAACUCGCGCAUGACCCACAUCUUUCGCAAGACCAAACACGUUAAGCUGCUCAAGCUGCGGAAUGGAGAGACGCUCAUGCUUUGCCAACACCGCAAGAUCACUUGGGUGCACAGCAGCAGACGCGCCACGCUGUCGUUGUGGAAGUUCGGACCGGUGGCGGAAACCCAUGGGAGAGCGUACAGGAUGUUGUAUGCAGUGGGCUUCUACGGAUUGUCGGAGCGAAAUUGGCUCAAGUUGAACAGCGAGACCAUUCCAGGGUUGACAGACGACUGGUUCCAGUAUAAUAGGAUUCGGAUUCCCGGGGCCGGUGGCUAUUAG